CUAACUUUUUGAUUGAGUUGGAUUUUCUUUCCAAUUCAGAAAGCUGUCCUCAUCCUUCAAAUUUUUCAUCAUUGAUUUUUCUCUGAACAAUUCCUUUCUCGAUGUGAUUUUGAUUUUGAUGAGCUCGAGGCCGGUUUGAUUUUCGUUCGCGCGCAACCAAAUUGACGGCCACGAACCAACGAAUUCUAUGAAUUUUUCCAUUAUUUUAUCAAAUCCGAUCCGGUGAACGGAAGAAACUGAAUCCCUCACCGGCGCCGGAGUCGGAAAUUUUCUAUAGAAUCUUUUAUCUCGAGAAAAGAGCCUGAUUCUCUCUCUCUUCUGAUUCUUUUGGCCUCUUUUUUCUGUAUGUUUCUUUUCAAAAAUCGUGUUGCUUGUCUUUUGUUUUUCUCUACACUCUUGCUCUUUAUGCAGAGUGAAAUGGAUGCUUUCGUAAAGAGACAACUCUUGAGGUUCCAUCUCUAAUGGCUCAUUCCAAUGCGGGCUACUGCAGCAAUGGCGAGAAGAAGAGUACGAGGCAGGUUCAACCACUAGGUAAUGCGAUCUUCCAUGAUUUUCUUGGCAUUAGGACCAAAGAUGCUUCUGUACUCUCGGCCGCGAAGACGCCGGAUGUAACGUUAUCGGAGGCUUCGUCGCCGUCGUCGGCCUUGGCUUCUUCUAGCGGCGGCCGUGGACUCCUCUCCGCCGCUUCCGAUCUUGCUUCUGAAAAUCAGGUGGGAGGUUAUCUUGAAGGGGUUCCCUUCUGCAGUCCAAGGAAUGAGAAAUCUGGACCUGAAAAAAGUAAUUGGAUAGCAGGGAUUAAACGCAGUAAUCCAGAUUCUGGUUUUGUUGGAUCAUAUAGAAACCAAAUUCCUCAUGUGCCUUCUGAAUCUCUUGAGAGGUCACAUACAAUGAAGAUGCUACAAACUGGACCUGGUGGAGAUCGACCGAGAUACAAUGAUAACGAGUCACUACAAACUGGACCUGGUGGAGAUCGACCGAGAUACAAUGAUAACGAGGCAGUUUACUACAGUAUGAAGCCUCCAAAAAUUGCUUCUUAUUCCCUCACACAACACUCUCUUGGCACUAGAUUUAAUCCUAGUGUUACCAAAUGGGAGAGGCCUAUUCCAUUGAACACGAGCUCGGCACAGAAUUCUCCGCUCGGGAUUCAGUUGAUGCCUCGUGUACAUCAAGUAGGUUCCAACUCUUCCAGAGAAUUUAAUGUUGGUCCUUCCAGUGUGUCUCAAUCUGCUGCUGAUGAAGGAUCUAGAACUGGGAUGAAAAGCCCUGGACUUUUGAGUAGCAUUAAUGUUGGAAAUGAUGGGAGACAUUCUUCUCAAAUGUUGCUAAGUUGUGACAAGCAGAAAUCCAAGACUGGAGGUUUAGAAUACAAAUCUUCUAAUCCUCCAAGUCAGCAGGGACUUGAUUCGAACAACACAAAGAUGACUAUUUUCUAUGGUGGUCAAGCUCAUGUUUUUGAUGAUGUCCCUCCAAACAAGGCUGAUAUUAUAAUGGCCUUAGCUGGAUCAAAUGGAGGCUCUUGGUCAACAGCCUUAGCACCUAAAUUAAAUGUAACUGGUAUAUCUAGUGACCAGCAAUCAGCUAAAGCAUAUCAUGGUACGAUAGCUACCGGUCGAGGAGUUGGCGAUACUCUAGUCUCGACACAAACAGCUGUAGGCAAUCGUCCACGCAGCGUUCAAGCGAAAGAGACUCGAGAACCCCCCGUUUGCACAGCAGACCCGAAGGCUGAACAAUAGAAAAAGAGAGGAGUUGAGUUGUAAGAUUGCUGUUCCAAUCUCAUCAUAUCAUAUCAUUUUCGUCGUCGUCGGUUUCUUGUUUUCUGAAAAUAACAACAGUCAAUUGCUCUCUAAGGCGACGAUGGCUUAUCUUUCCAUCCCCAUCCCGCCCGGGCCAUUCUGGAGCAACACCAUUCUGGCUGCAGGUGAUGAUCAUCACAUCAUGCAGCCAAAACUUAAAAAAGAGGGUAUAAAGAGAUUCAUAGUAAAAAGUAUUGUUGUGUCAAGUCCAGUUUCAUCAGCAUUGUCAUUAUUAUUAUUAUUUUCUUUUUUGAGCA